AUGCUCACGGCGAAUCACGGGUUUACGGCCGGUGGAGAGUCAGAGCCAGAUUAUACAUCAAAUAACAACAAUAACAACAACAACAACAGCUGGCACUACACCGAUGCAAACUGCCACAGCAACUGCAGUGGCUACGAACCAAAAGAUGUCCCGAGGCAGAUCAGCUCAACGGCAGCCAACUGCAAGACUGAGGACCCGAAACAUACACCCAAAGAAACGCCGCUAGUCAACACCGCAAAUGUGUCGAUCGCAGUCCACCAAGGAACGAAUGUGCUGAACGACAACAGCCGCCGUUCCUAUCCUGCUCGUCCAAUGAAUGCGUUUCUCAUCUUCUGUAAAAGACACCGACGGACGGUUAGUCAACACUAUCCCCUCAAAGAGAAUCGGUUCAUCACCAAAAUUCUUGGGGAAUGGUGGAAGCAGCUGCAGAAGGACCAAAAAGAGCCCUUCGAAAAGCUGGCCCAGGAGCACAAAGAUCACCUGGUCCUUAACGGAUUUCGCUGGAGCAAGCAAGCUACAGCAGAGCCAGAGACUAACAGCGAUCAUACAACUGCCCAGCAAGUACAAAGCACCAAUGACAUAGUACCUGACGAGACAGACGAUCCACAUUCGGACGAAAACGUGGAGGCAGCCCAUUGCCUAAUUCAACUGGCGAGCGGUCAAUCGGCGAUAACCGAAUUCAGGUUAGCCGAUGAAUCACAGAUGGGGGGUCUUAGUGCGCUACUACCGAACACUAACUCAAUCCAAAGGGCAGGUGAGAGCCGUGAGAACUCGUUUGUAGACGAGUGGGCAGCCGGAAACGCACAGGAAAUGACGAUGAAGGACGAUGGUAGACUGGGGCAGAUGAACCUGUUAAGCGAUAUGGAAACUUACCGUAAUAUGCGUCAGCAUUUUUUUACUCAAUCCGGACAGACACGGCCUGGUCAUACAACUCACGCAAGCGUUAACCAGUUCGCCCAGGCUGAAGCAUUCACCGAGGCACAUUCUCCAGGACUAGCUUUCGGGCGUGCACCACGAAAACUCAAAGCGAAGCGAUACGAGGCAUAUAUGAAAACGCAGCAGUCGGCAUCACCCGUACGCAAACCGGCUAUUAAAAGUAGAGCUUCAUCCACAGCCACCACACAGGCCGCGUCGACGAUGGUGAACAACGCAAUGGUAAACACGGUCGCUAGUGGUAACGAUGGCGCCGAGCUAACUCGCCGCAGUCCACCGUCCAUCCGCCCAUCGCACAGUCCAGUCGCAUUGUUGGACUUGGAUAAACGCAUAAACGAUCUGCCUUGUAUGAAUUUCACCGAGUACCUUGACAAGAAAAAGGAUCAAAAGAAGCGCAAAAAGCCCUACGCUUUUUCACCGAACCGGUCCAAGAACACCACAAAGGCCUCGUUUCUUCCAAGUACAAACGCCAUCACACCGACGUUGCUUCCGGUUGAGAUGAACGCGAUUCCGAGUCAUCCGCCAGCCAGCGUUGCACCGCCUGCUCCCCCGAGUUCGUUCGGUAACCCGGUGGUACCUGAAAAGAUUGUCGGCAGCCGUAAGCGGAAAGUAUCGAAAGAGCACAUCGUCCGGCUUCAUGACCCAUAG